GGCAUGGCCGGGACAUCUUCAGCGGGAAAAUGCUACACGUGGCUUGACCUGAACAGAGAAGAGACGGUGGAGAAGAACAAUGAAGAAGAGUCAUCAGUUGAAGAUGAAGACCAAGUCACGAGUAGUAAUAACGUUAGACAGUAUGUUCGAUCCAACAUGCCUCGGCUUCGUUGGACUCCUGAUCUUCAUCUCUCCUUCGUCCGUGCAGUUCAAAGACUAGGCGGUCCACACAGAGCGACACCGAAAUUGGUUCUUCAGAUGAUGAAUCUGAAAGGGCUGAGUAUUGCACAUGUCAAGAGUCAUUUACAGAUGUAUCGAAGUAAGAAGCUGGAGCUGUCAUCUCGCCAUGAAAUUGGAGCUUUCAUGAGUGGACAAAGAAACUAUUUGAUGGACAUGAUAAACUCCGGAUGUAAUCCUUAUGGCGGUGAUUUAAAACAUGUCUAUAACUCUAAAACCGUUCCUUCCAGGGUACCCAAUCUUGAAGGUAACUUUCUUAUGCGACCAUCUAGCUGGUUGAGCGGGUUAUGCAAAAACAACCGAGACAGCAUAGAGAACAAGACUCUGCCUCUGCUCGAGAUUAGGAAGACUAUCAAUGAGAAAAGAGUACGAGAGGAAGAGGUAUCAUCAGUCAAACGAUUGAAAUCAAUAUCCGGACAGUUACCUGAGUUUGGAAAUUGCAGGCAAAAACCAGCAGAUGAUAUCAACACGAUGCUCUCGCUCUCUCUGUUCUCGACAUCAUCACCAGGACGAGACCGUAACAUCGCAUAAUCCAACAUAGUAGAGAGAUGAAGUUUAACUAUAAAGAGAGAUUCAAGAGUAGAGGCUUUUUGUUUUCCAUAGCCGUUUCUUGGGAUGAGUACUUAGCCAGGAUCUGGUUCAGGCUUGAUUCAGAUCCUGUAAGUACUUUCCUACUUAGAGAAAAAAUUAGUAUCACUCGAAACAAAACACAUGUAAUAAUAAUAUGUUUCUUCCUCCUCA